AUGGAUCUUCUAUUCGGAUCAAACCACAGUCCCGAGAAUGCAUUACAUACAUUCCUCGAGUCACUCCCGGCGCAUAGCCACCUAGAUAGCCUCACGGAAAUCCUUACCCUCGCCACUGACACCGAUGAACGUGUAGCAGAAUUCAUGGAUGUUGUCUGGCAGCACAUCUGUCGGAACAGUCUCUGGUCCUCCAAGUAUAACAAUUUCCAAGAUUAUUGUGAUGCAAUCGACUAUAACUGUACUGUUUGGCCAGUUAUCCAGAGACAUAAGAAAACAGAUCGCGCCAAGAGAAUCAGUGCCCAGACAAUACUCCGACAAUGGAAUGUCCCGGUGCAUUCCGCGAUUCCGGUCAACUUGCAACCGCCGUUCUGGAGCAAGCACUUGCUAAGCCUCAUAGCUACUCUCAGUAGGCAUACAACCCUGGAUGAAGCAUGUGUCCUGUUGAGAACAAGCGUUGGGCAGCGGCCACGGAGAGGCCGCAACCAUCAUCUGCUUCUAGCAAGUGACGUACAGCGUGUCUUAGACCAUCUAAAUGUUUCUCGGAAAGGAGCUCACAGGACCGCGAACGAGAGUAACGGCUCAGAUGCAUAUCACCCUUUGUACCAGGGAGUUCCCGUCAGUAAACAACACAGUCAGAGAGGCAUUGCACAACCAGGUAUGACUGUUUAUCGACCUACCUCGUCGGGAAAUUCGUCGCCCCAGACUCGCUCAACAAGUAUGUUUAGCGAAGAGUUAGCUGGAAGUCCCGAAACCGUCUCAAGCGAACUGGAAUCUUAUGCGGAUGACACUAGCCAGGCGAAGCUACCAUCUUGUCGCUGUGCUCCGAUCUGCCUUCCCCUCGUACUGUUACUAUCAUCACCCAACCAUUAUUGUAUCCAGCUACUUGCUGCAGAACUGGUGAAUUGGGCACACACAAUCUCAUGGAGGAGUCUCUGUUAUGAACAUCUUAAAAUCCUUGCCAAGCUUGUUACACAGGAAUAUGUUUCGGACAGAAACAGAGUGGACAUAAUUCACACCCUGGAAGGCUCCUUGGCACUGAACAGUGGACCCAGUCAUGACUUGAGGUGCAGGGUAGUCAUCGAGGAAGACGAAUUGCAUACGCUACAGAUUGAACCGUUGGACUUACUCUGCCGUUACGCGGGACUGCCGGAUGGCAUGUGGGGCUGGGAAAGAGACGGCCUCCUCCACAUACCCGGAUUUUUUGACUAUAUGGAAAGGUUAGGAGUUUUCAAACGUGUUCGCAUGAUUUUGGGUGAAGAUAAGGCUACACAAAGCGCCAGCAAUCUGCCUAGCCAAUGUAGCAGCCCAAUAUCCCUCUGCUACAGUUUAUUGGCACAAAUGGUACAACAGGACCCAGCCUAUUACGCAAUCCUUGUCUCCUGUCGCCCCGACAAGAACUGGAAACUUAUUCAUCGGCCCCGGCGCAGUGGACACACCUUUACCUUUCGUGAGAGAGAUGUUGCCCUUGGUGUAUCAACCGAGCGUGCAAGGUCGCUAGUGAAUGGCGAUGGAGCCAGCGAUAUUCAAAGCACAGUUGUUCUUCCCGGUGAACAAUCGCUACAAACUGUUCAGCUAAUUCCUACUUCCCAGCAGUAUCUUCCAAAAUUGGUCGACAAAAUUGAAAACCAGGGAAGGCAGCCUCCAUCCAGCCUACCCGACCUGGCAAUUUUGGCAUACGAUAAGGUUGCCGAGCAGGAAUUUGGUACUCCCCAGAACAUCACACUGGGGCAUGGUGAUCUAAUCUUGGCUUCGCCAAAGACUUUGAGGUUGCCACAAACGUUUUCUGCUUCCAAUCUCCUCAAUAUGUCUCAAAGUGGGUUGGGUAAUGAUUUUAAUACCCUAGAGAAUGGCCGUGAUGGUAUGUGGACACGCCUAUCAAUUAUCAGCAAUUGCCACCGACUAGGCGAUAAGUACCUAGGAGCAGAUGAAGGUUGGGCAGAUUCCAUUGGGUGUGAUACUAGUGUGAUAGAUAGCUUUAGAAUGAGUUACGCCAGUGCUCUAGGGGAGGCUCUCGUUGGUAGAAGGGAGUGGAGAGACCCAAAAGUUAUACUCGAACGCAACCUCGUCCUUGGAAAUGAUAUAUUUGGUGCUGUAGAGUUUGUGGGGGCAAUCCGUGAACAGCUAGCAGCCGAUUUCCAUAACACACUGGAUCUCCUCCGUUUGGGACAGGGCAAUGAUGGGUCUGGUAAGUUUGUUUGCAAUACUAGUCUUUAG